AUGGAUACUGAAGGUGGCAGCCCGCCUAGCGGUGACGACCGUCGUACCCAGCAAGUCGAUAAUGCCAUUCGCGCUAUUCGCGAGAAGAAGCCCUUGCCCGAGGUCGACUUCACCAUCCAUACCAUGGAAGACGGCACCCAAGUCAGCACUCUCGAGCGAGUCUGCAAAGAUGUUCAAGCUCCUGCCAUGUUCACGCCAUCCGACGAGCAGUUCUUUGACGACGAAACCCACACGAAGCCCAACAUCAACUUCCUCAAGCAACACUUCUAUCGCGAGGGACGUUUGACCGAGGAGCAAGCCCUAUGGAUCCUGAAGACCGGUACCGAGAUCCUUCGCGCCGAGCCCAAUCUUCUCGAGAUGGAUGCGCCCAUCACUGUCUGCGGUGACGUCCACGGCCAGUACUACGAUCUCAUGAAGCUGUUCGAAGUUGGCGGCGAUCCUGCUGAUACCAGAUACCUUUUCCUCGGUGAUUACGUCGACAGAGGCUACUUCAGUAUCGAGUGUGUCCUGUACCUCUGGUCCUUGAAGAUUCACUACCCCAAGACCCUGUGGCUGCUUCGCGGCAACCACGAGUGUCGCCACUUGACCGAUUACUUCACCUUCAAGCUCGAGUGCAAGCACAAGUACUCUGAGGCCAUCUACGAAGCCUGCUUGGAGUCUUUCUGCUGCCUGCCCCUGGCCGCUGUCAUGAACAAGCAGUUCUUGUGCGUUCACGGUGGCUUGAGUCCCGAACUUCACACCCUUGACGACUUGCGAAACAUUGACCGAUUCCGUGAGCCGCCGACUCAGGGCCUCAUGUGCGACAUUCUUUGGGCCGACCCUCUCGAAGACUUUGGACAGGAAAAGACGAGCGACUACUUCCUGCACAACCAUGUCCGCGGUUGCUCUUAUUUCUACUCGUACCCGGCUGCAUGCAACUUCCUCGAGAAGAACAAUUUGCUGUCAGUCAUCCGAGCCCACGAAGCACAAGAUGCCGGCUACCGCAUGUAUCGCAAGACCCGUACCACAGGCUUCCCCAGUGUGAUGACAAUCUUCUCUGCGCCGAACUAUCUCGAUCUCUACAACAACAAGGCUGCUGUUCUGAAAUACGAGAACAACGUUAUGAACAUCCGCCAGUUUAACUGCACACCUCACCCGUACUGGCUACCAAACUUUAUGGACGUCUUCACAUGGUCGCUGCCUUUCGUUGGAGAGAAGAUCACCGACAUGCUUAUCGCCAUUCUCAGCACUUGCUCCGAGGAGGAACUUAAGGAGGACGCUACUCCCUCCUCUACGUCACCCGGACCUAUGUCGCCCCCGCUUUCCGGAGCCUCUCAGGACCCCGAAUCGAUCGAGUACAAGCGACGAGCUAUCAAGAACAAGAUCUUGGCCAUCGGUCGUCUUUCGCGUGUGUUCCAAGUGUUGCGUGAGGAGUCUGAGAGAGUCACCGAACUCAAGACUGUCUCCGGCGGCAGGUUGCCUGCUGGAACGCUUAUGCUUGGUGCUGAAGGUAUCAAGAAUGCUAUUAACACAUUCGAGGAUGCUCGCAAGGUCGAUUUGCAGAACGAGAGAUUCCCUCCCAGCCACGAGGAGGUUGUUAAGCACCAAGAGGAGGAGAGGAAGCAGGCUUUGGAGAAGGCGGCCGAGGAUGCUGCCAAUGACAAGAAGUUGCAACAAUUGUCCAGGAGACUGAGCACUGAUCGCAAGAGUCAUAAGGGAUGA